GCCCUUCAGCAUCAUCAUGCUGUUCAUGAAAUUUCCUACAUAGCAAAGGACAUCACAGAUCACCGGGCCUUUGGAUACGUUUGUGGGAAGGAAGGGAAUCACAGAUUUGUGGCCAUAAAAACAGCCCAAGCGGCUGAACCUGUUAUUCUGGACUUGAGAGAUCUCUUUCAACUCAUUUAUGAAUUGAAGCAGAGAGAAGAAUUGGAAAAAAAGGCACAAAAGGAUAAGCAGUGUGAACAAGCUGUGUACCAGGUUCCCACCAGCCAAAAGAAGGAAGGUGUUUAUGAUGUGCCAAAAAGUCAACCUGUAAGUAACAGCCAGCCGUUGGAGGACUUUGAAGAGCGGUUUGCCGCAGCCACACCGAACAGAAACCUACCAAUGGACUUUGAUGAGAUUCUUGAGGCAACAAAGGCUGUGACCCAAUUAGAACUUUUUGGGGACAUGUCCACCCCUCCUGAUAUAACCUCUCCCCCCACUCCUGCAACUCCAGGUGAUGCCUUUCUCCCAUCUUCAUCCCAGGCGCUUCCAACGAGCGCGGAUGUGUUUGGCUCUGUACCUUUCGGCACUGCUGCUGUACCCUCAGGUUAUGUUGCUAUGGGCGCCGUCCUCCCAUCCUUCUGGGGCCAGCAGCCCCUCGUCCAACAGCAGAUUGCCAUGGGCGCUCAGCCGCCAGUCACUCAGGUGAUGCCAGGGGCUCAGCCCAUCGCGUGGGGCCAGCCGGGUCUCUUUCCUGCCACUCAGCAGCCCUGGCCAACUGUGGCCGGGCAGUUUCCGCCAGCCGCCUUCAUGCCCACACAAACUGUUAUGCCUUUGCCAGCUGCCAUGUUCCAAGGUCCCCUCACCCCCCUCGCAACCGUCCCAGGCACGAGUGACUCCGCCAGGUCAAGUCCACAGAGCGACAAGCCCCGGCAGAAAAUGGGGAAGGAAAUGUUUAAGGAUUUCCAGAUGGCCCAGCCUCCACCUGUGCCCUCCCGCAAGCCUGACCAGCCCUCCCUCACCUGUACCUCAGAGGCCUUCUCCAGUUACUUCAACAAAGUCGGGGUGGCACAGGACACAGAUGACUGUGACGACUUCGACAUUUCCCAGUUGAAUUUGACCCCUGUUACUUCUACCACACCAUCGACCAACUCACCUCCAACUCCAGCCCCUCGGCAGAGCUCUCCAUCCAAAUCAUCUGCAUCCCAUGCCAGUGAUCCCACCGCAGAUGAUAUCUUUGAAGAGGGUUUUGAAAGUCCCAGCAAAAGUGAAGAGCAAGAAGCUCCUGAUGGAUCACAGGCCUCCUCCACCAGUGAUCCAUUUGGGGAGCCCAGUGGUGAGCCCAGUGGUGAUAAUAUAAAUCCACAGGCCGGUAGCUAGAUAGCGCAGGUCUGGAAGCCGGAGCCUCUCUAUGCGCAGAUCAACAGACCUAAGAAAUAGCAUCAACAUGAGCUCGUGGUGGGUGCUUCAAGACUAGCAUGGAAAUCAGCAUUGCAACAG